CGGUGCUGCAGCGCUGGGCCGGCACGAGGGGCAGCGCUGGUGUCCCCGCGGCGAGCGGAGCGGAGCUGGGGGCGUGCCGUGCGAUGGGUGGGCUGAACCCGGGCAUCUUUUCUGCUUCUGACGGAUGCGCGGCUGCUCCGUUCCUUUCUCGCCGCCCGGCAGCGUCGUGCAGGCCGGCCGGGAGCCGCUCACCAUGCCCGGCGCCCGGCGGGGCCGCAGCACAAGAAUCUGAUUAUUUCUCCACCUCCCUUUGGCCUGCUGUUCUAUUCUGCCCAGAUCUGUGGUUCCAUCGUCCGAGAUUGAGAUGGACGUUUCCAGCGGGACAGCGGGUUAAUGAGAGGUCAUUCCAUUGAGCCCAAAGGUUUCCCUACAGACAGAAGGUGCUGCUGGUGUGUUUUCCCAUAUUUGUAUCCGCAGCUUUCCUCUGGACUGGGGCUAAAUAUAGAAUAAGUGACGUUUUCUUGCCAGGGAGAAGCAGAGCUGCUCAGCAGCUUCAAAUCUGAGCAUUGAGAGCCUCCUAAUCAACGCACGCCGUUAACACACAGCUGAUAAGCCUUGCGCUGUGAAGGCUGUGGUUAAUCUGAGUGUCAAGUCUGCGCUGUCAGUGUCUGUAGGCAUCUUCCCCUUUCUUCAGAUGGACUCGAGGCUGACGCGUUCGCUCUCUGACGUCCUGCAACUUCUGAAGGAUGCACACACCGGCACGGCGUGCCGUCUUGCUAACGAGGAGGUAAAAUAAUUUGACCACCAUGAGUUGGAGCUUUCUGACCCGUCUCUUAGAGGAGAUCCACAACCACUCCACCUUCGUUGGCAAAAUCUGGCUGUCGGUGCUGAUCGUGUUUCGGAUCGUCCUGACCGCUGUGGGAGGCGAAUCCAUUUAUUACGAUGAGCAAAGCAAGUUUGUGUGCAACACGGAGCAGCCCGGCUGCGAGAACGUCUGUUACGACGCUUUUGCUCCUCUUUCUCACGUGAGGUUUUGGGUGUUCCAGAUCAUCCUCGUCGCCACUCCGUCCGUCAUGUAUUUGGGCUACGCCAUCCACAAGAUCGCCCGCAUGGUGGAGCACAGCGACGUCGACAGAAGGUUCAGAAGCAAAAGCUUUUCGAUGCGCUGGAAACAGCACCGAGGCUUGGAGGAGGCCGAGGACGACCACGAGGAGGACCCGAUGAUGUACCCAGAAAUAGAGCUGGAAAGCGAACGGGAGAACAAGGAGCAGCAGCCCCCCGCCAAAGCCAAGCACGACGGGCGGCGGCGGAUCCGCGAGGACGGGCUGAUGAGGAUCUACGUGCUGCAGCUGCUGGUGAGGGCGACGUUUGAGGUCGGCUUUCUGGUCGGUCAGUACCUCCUGUAUGGCUUCGAGGUCAGCCCCGUGUUCGUGUGCAGCAGGAAGCCCUGCCCCCAUAAGAUAGAUUGCUUCAUUUCAAGGCCGACCGAAAAGACCAUCUUCCUGCUCAUAAUGUACGGGGUGAGCUGCAUGUGUUUGCUGUUGAACGUGUGGGAGAUGCUGCACUUGGGGUUUGGCACCAUCCGGGACACCUUGAACAGCAAGAGGAAAGAGCUGGAGGACUCUGGGACCUACAACUACCCCUUCACCUGGAACACACCCUCUGCUCCCCCCGGCUACAACAUCGCCGUCAAACCCGACCAAAUGCAGUACACCGAGCUGUCCAACGCCAAGAUGGCCUACAGGCAGAACAAAGCCAACAUCGCCCAGGAGCAGCAGUACGGCAGCAACGAGGAGAACAUCCCCGCCGACCUGGAGAACCUGCAGAGGGAAAUCAAAGUGGCUCAGGAACGCCUGGACAUGGCCAUCCAGGCGUACAACAACCAAAACAACCCCAGCAGCAGCUCCAGAGAGAAGAAGUCCAAAGCAGGCUCCAACAAAAGCAGCGCCAGCAGCAAAUCGGGGGACGGGAAGAACUCUGUCUGGAUUUGACCUUGGCUGAGUUUAUAUGUUGUCUUUUUCUCACAACCAGCAACCCGUUGAGUAAUGGCUUCCAUUAAGUAAAUAUUUGGUUCUGCUUAUUUUCAGGGAUGCUGUUGGCUAGCGAUUCCAGCUCUAAGAAAGUGUUUAUAUGCGCACUGUAGGACUGUACAACUUUAUUCUUCUGCCUUCCAAGCCAGGAGACAAAUAGGUAUAUUUAAAUCAUUCUCAUUGAAGGGUUUACGCUGUAUGUACAGUAUUAUCGUACAUUUAUUAUGCACAAUUUUUGUAUUUGUACACUGGAUCUCUGAAGUUACCCUUUUUUAUACGAAAGGAGAAAACUGUAGGUAGCUGUCAGCAUUUUGCUCCUUUUAUUACUGUGGUUCGUCGUCGUUUCCUGUUUGUUUUCAGUGUCAGAACUUUCUAUGCUGCAUUUGAGAAGUGCCUUGAACACACAGCACCAGGGAGCCAGAUCUGCUCCCUUAGAGCAGGGGGGGGUCGGAAACGUCUGCUGAUGGUGCUCCUGACUGUACCUUCUAUAAAAAUGAUGUGCUACCUACGAAUGGAAGUGUCACGCUGUGGCUGUUAUGUGCUACGUUUCUUCAUCCCGUGGAAAAUGACUUGUAAUUCCACAUAUUUGCAUAUUUAAGAGGUUUCUGAGGUCUCUCGUUACGUAACACCCUGCUCCAAACGUCCCAUAGCUGCCUGUAUGGGGGCCACCACCUGCCUGUCUCACCCAGAUGUCCCUGUGUCCCUUGUCCCCUGGGGUCACUGGGACACUCAUUCCCCUGGUCCCUUUUGUCCCCCUUGUCCCUGGUCCUCUUUGUCCCCUGAGGUCGUUGGGAUGCUCGUUCCUUCGCUCUCUUUUGUCCUCGCCCCGUGCCCCUUCUGCCCUUGUCCCUGUCCUGUGAGGUCAUGGAGAUACUCUUUCCCCUUAUCCCGUUUGUCCCCCUUAUCCCAUGGGGUCAUUGAGAUGCUUGUUCCCCUGGUGCUGUUUGUCUUCCUUGUCCCAUGUCCCCUGUCCCAUGAGAUCAUGGGGAUAUUUGUUCUUCUGGUCCCAUUUGCCCCCCUUGUCCCCAUGUUCCCUUGUUCCCUGGGUCUGUUUGUCUCUUGGGGUCGCUGCGAUGCUCAUUCCUGUGUUCUCUUUAGUCCUCCUUGCCCUCUGUCCCUUGUCCCCUGUUCUAUGAAGUCUUGGGGGCACUCAUUCCCCUUGUCUCCAUGUCCCCUUGUCUCCUGAUUGCUGUCCCAAGGUCAUGGGGACACUCGUUCCCCGUGUCCCUUUUGUCCUUCAUGUCCUCUGGUCCCUUGUCCCCUGGGGUCACUGGGAUACUUGUUCCCCCGAUCCCAUUUGUCUUCCUUGUCUCCAUUUGUCUUCCUGUCCCUUAAGGUCAUGGUGGUUUUCAUUCCCCUGGUCCCAUUUGUUCCCAUGUCCCCUGGUCCCACGGGCUGUUUGAGAUGCCCAUUCCCCGUGUCCCCUUUGUCCUUAUGUCCCCUGGUCCCUCACUGCGUGUUUUCAUCCUAUGGAAAACGCCUCGUAACUCAUAACAUAUUUACAUAUUGAAGAUGUUUCUGUGCUCUCUCGUUGCAUAACACCCCGCUCCCCGGGGCUCCCAGUUGUUCCAGUCCCUUUUGGGGCAGAUUGCUGUGUUUCCAAAGCAAUGUGCUUGGAUGGACUCGUGGUCACUCUGCUCUGUGGCAGCCCUGCUCCCCCGGCCCCACGCACACACGCUGUGUGUACAGGUCUUUACAAAACCCUUCUGACUAUAAACAGCAAUGCCUUAUCCCCGACCCCUCUUCCUCCUGUCACGUCUGAGGGGCCGAGUUCAGACGGAGCAAUAAAUGCACCGCUUCAUUUCUGCUCGAGAGGCCGGUCAGAUCCGCGGCGUUCUGCAGUUUUGGCAUUCAACUUGAAUUUAUAAUUAGAAAAAAAAAAGGGGGGGGGGGGGGGGGAAUGCAGUAUUUACUGCCCCUGGCAGUGUCUUUUUGGCCACGAUGAGCAUUCACAUCUGAGGGACGCUGAGAAAUGCCUGCUUUCUGUUGCUCUCCAUUCCCUGGCAGUUCCAGCGGUGCAAGCAGUGCGCCCCUGCUUUGAGACGACGCGCUCCUUGCAGGGGACGUGUGUGGCAGCCCUCUGCUGGGGUCUGUGGCUGCAGUUGGUUUCAAGGCUUCGGGUUUGGCUCCUUUCUCCUGAAGAAAUGAUAAUGCAUUACUUGAAAACGCUCCUUGCUCUGGCUUGAUGCAGGCCAUGCUGAAAUAAACGCUCAGAACAGAUCUUGGACCAAAAAAAAAAAGAAAAAAAGAAAAAAGAAAAUGAACGUACCUUGAGUUUGUUAACCUCUGGUUUUGUCUAUUAAAUGCAGUUCAGAAAAGCAGGCUGAGGCGGCGUUUUUGCAGUGCUGCGGGGAUGGGGGGGGUGCAGAGG